GGGAAGAGAGAGCCCGAGCGAGGGCGGCUGACCCCACGCUCCCCGGGGACAGGUGGGAGAGGCGGAACGAGGAGAGAGUGAAGGAUUCCAGAGGUGGGCCGGCUUCCUUUCUCUCAGACAGACACGGGAGGGAGGUGGGCAGCGGGCCAGCGCCGUACCUGCAGUUCCAAUCUGCGGUCCUGACAGCUGCAGCCACUUUGGGGAGGGGGAGGGGAGGGGGGGCUCUGCGAGAGCGGAAAAAUCCCAGCCGACACAUCAGCCGGUGGCCGCCCGUGUCCGGUGCAGCCUGGGGGGCGGGGGACCCCUGCCGCCGAAGGCUCGUCCUUGGGGCAUGGCGGCCCCCUGGGAGAGCGCAGGCUGGGGGCUGUCUGGGCCCUGGAGGGGUCGGCGGGCUCCCGCCCCCACGGGGUCACAUGUGCUUCCUGGCAGCCCGCAGGUGCUGCGCAGGGUGGGGGCCGGCUGGCCUGCGGGCGCAGGCGGCCUGGCGAUGGAUCACGUGGUGCCGGCAGCAGCUCGUUCCCCGGGCUGGGGACAGGGAGCUGACAGACUGGCCCUGAUGGCCAUCAGAGCGUUUCCAGGCCUGCUUGGCCUGCAGAGGCGGCUGCUGGCCCAGGGUGCGGGCUGGGCCCUCCUUUCGUGCCGCCUCUGUGGGGCACUGGCACGCGGAGGCUCGGUGGAGGGGCGAGGCUGGCGUCCUGGGGAGGAAGUGGGGUUUGUGGUGGAUGGGGGCCUGGCGGCUGCCGUGAGUAGCCAAGUGGACUCUCGUGGGGCUGCAGGGGCUCGGGCCGGCCCGCCACCCCCAGUCUGGUUUGAAUUUCUGGAGCGGUGGAGGGUGACGGCGUGCCCCUCCCCGCCCCCUCCCCUCUCUCUCCUGCUGGCGGGCGGGCCAGGCUCUCAGCCUCUGCUGCUACCGGUGCAGCUCAGGGAGCGACCGGGCCCACUGCCCGGGCCCGAGGCUGGCCAAGCUGCAGCCGCUGUCGGAGUCACAGGCCCAGCAGCCGAGGGCCUGGCCCACGCGCCCCGUGCCAGGACCUGCCGGCCCCUGGGGACCGUCCCAACGGCCUGUCCUCUCCUACCGACUUGGCAUCUCCGAGGCUCCCUCAGCCCCUUCUCCUCUCCUGCACCGGCUCCAAGGGUCCCUGACACCCAUACCCCUCCGGCCUCGCCCUGCCUGUUCCCCUCACCCCGCACUCUUCUCUCAGGCCUUUGUGCAGGGCAUGCGGCCCCCUGCCCCCUGCCGCCCAUCGUCUUCGGGAGGAUUUGUGAGGGAGGGUGCACUCCCACCUAGCCCAGGUAUGGAGAGAUUGGACACAGCCCCCUUCUAGUCCUUAAUGGCUCUGGCUUUGAGAAUUUCCUCCAAAAUUACACCAUCGCUUCCUGCUUCUCGGUUCCCUGGAGCCCGUCUGUUCAGAGGAGGGGGCGGCUCUAGCCCUGCCCUGUUGCGGUGCCCACGUGGGCCUCGGCACCUGCCCUCUCCCGGGGUCCCUGAGCCUGCGCUGAGGGCUUGCAGGGCCCGGGGCUGGCACCUGGCGCUCAUGGCCAUUCCCCGCCCGCUGGCCGGAAGUCAGGCUGCUGGCCAGCCUGGGGGUGCUGGGGUGGCCUGCACAGAGCCGCCCCCACCUCUCUUCUCUGCUGUGCCCGUGGAGCUCGCGCCACUAGUCUAUAAUUGUCACCUGCACGAUUUUAGUGGUCCACCAGCUGUGCACAGCUCUGGGGAGAAGCCUGGAUUGCCCUCCUCAUGGGCAG